GUUGCAAGAAUUUCCAAAGUCAGGAAGGAAAAUCCUCUAAAAGGGUUCAUCUAUCUCCAGGUACUUAUUUACAACGUAUAUUAAAAUUAAUGUUAACCUAAAAUCAGGGGUGUGGGGUCAUUAUAUGCACAUAUGCCCAUGCAUACAGCUUAAAUUGGGAAAAAAUAGUUUCAGGCAUGCCAUUUUUACUUUGUUGUUCAAUGCGUUAUCAUGAUGCAUUUGUAAAUGCACAAAGAUUUAGUAUUGCCCAUAUUAAAAGUUUGACCGUGGAUUGCAAUUGGAAAACAGUAAAGGCAUUCAGGAUGUCCUAGCUUGUAUAUUUAUAACAUAAUUAAAAAAAGCUAUUCUUGAUACUUUUUGGGGACUCGCUACUUUUGAGGAGGUCACUACUUUCGGGGGCUCGCCGUUUUCAGGAUUUACCAUAUUAAAAGUUAGAAACUUUUGAUGUUACUUUCAGGAGGUCAUAAUUUUUGGGGGCUCCCUACCAUGGGAACUUUACGGUAAUUAAAUCGGGAUGACUGAUGUUUUAUUCUUGCAUUUUAUUGUUGCCUUCAAAGUAGUAUUUUCUUUAUCCUUUCAUUAUUCUAUAUGGAUUUUGAUGUUGAUGUUGUUGUCACAGAGUUUACCCUUAUAAAGGGCAAUCGUAACCUCCUUGAUUGUAUUACAUCCAAGAGGUUCGGAUCACAAGCAAGUCAAUUACCACGGAUUAAUACAAAACGUUUUAGGAAUAGUUAUACUUUGAUUGAAUAAGGUUUAAAUACAACUUAGCAAUUUAACAAUAUAGAUAUCCAAUGUUUUUAUUGCAAAUAAUCUGUGCGAUUUUUAUGAUUCGUAUACUUCACUCUCUAUGUAUUUUGAGGGGCGAAAUUAAGACAUUUUAUUUAUUUAUUUAUUACUAUUUUACUAUUAACACUGUACUGUACCUAACAAUUACAUUUUCUUGAGUAUUUAUUUACUGAAAAUGUCUUGUGGAAGACGCAGGGUAAUGACAUUUCCGAGACUCAAAAUUUAAAUUUCUGCCCUUCAGACCCCCUGCGUGUACACCAGCAAAAUAUCACACUAUUCCCCAGGGGAUCAAAUUUGACCUGAAUCAGUAAUCAUUUACAUUAAGCAAGGAUACAAAAAUAGAACAGCUCUAUUAUUUAUUGUAUUUUAAAUUAAGAUGGUCAUAACUUGUUGCUUACAGCGAUUUGUGUUUUUUUGCAGGUCAGAUGGGUAUACCACAAACAGACUGGAUCAAGUCUUCAACAUUUAG